AAACGUAGCUGCUAAGCCGGCCUGAAAGGAGCUUGGAGCACUCAGCCUAGCUUUAGCCUAGAUGCCUCCAACUAGGGGAAAUGCUAUCUUUUAUGCAUUGAUUAUGCUGCGGCUUUGAUCCUCUUUUUUUCAAGUGUUUUUCACCUGUGCUUUAUAAACUAAGUGACUGUUUACACCACGUCUGGAGAGGAGGGACAUCCCAUUUGAGAAACUCAUAUUGUCUUUUACCACCAGUGUUUGGAUAUGCACUUUAUACACACAAGCUUGCAGUGGAUACAGUUUCUCAACAUCGGAUCAUGUCGGCCCUUUCUUUCGCAGUUAUGUAGCCAUGUUUUACUUAAAAGCCGACUCUCGUAAAAAGGUUUUCUUCGUGGAUGUCAUCACAAAGAGCGCACAUUCAAACACUCUGUAACCAAGCUACGAAGCUUUAAUGGGAAACAUAAAGGGAUGGAUCCUUUUUUGUGCAGCCGAAUUGUAUGGCAUUUGGAAUGUUUCUCCUUUGAGUAACCACUAGAGCUGAAUAGGUACCGACAGGCACUUGAAUAGCUUGAUAACAUCUUCACUAGAUUUCCUGAAUCACUUUUCUCAACUUUGUCCCAGACAAAACAUUUUUAUAACCCCUAGCUUUCUCUCAUCCUCUCUCUCCCCUUUUAUCAUUCUUUAUCUUUAUACUUUCAACUCAAGGCUCUAUUCCUUGAUUGAAUUGUCAUGAGUUGCUUUUAAGACCCGGUCCACAAACAAAAGAUGCUUCAAAGGUAUUAGCCCAAGGAGUGUUGCAGUAACGGUGUAGAGCUAACCUUUGCACAGUGUAGCUCACAGAUGCAUCUUAUUUCAUUAUGAGUGAGUGUACUACCGAGAGAGGACAGGGGAGCCUUAUCAUCUCCUUGUGACAAAUUGAUAGAGCAUUUACCCGUUAUCUAUGUUGAAUCCUGGUACAACAUACAAUGUUGAUGGGUCUCAAUGCCAGUUAUCUCACUCACGGAUGACAUCCACAGAAUAUUUGCAGUGGAGAAGUUAUGCUGGAUCUGUCUGUCUGUCACUCAAGCCUUGCUUUAUCAAGCGACGUGUCACUCGGAAUUAGCAAAUAGUGAAAAACGACCGCAUCUUGCAAUUGUGUCUUGCGACUGUGUCUUCCGUCUUGCAGAUGAUGAUGAGUUUUGUGAUCUAUUGUGAGAUAGUGACAUAUCUACUGUGACAAGUCUACAUGUUGUGGAAGCAAAGGACAAAAAGAGAUUCGAAUUCGGCUUGACAGUUAUCAACAAUCUUGUGUUUCAUUUUAACAUUACAGGCAUUACAAAACAAAUGUAUGAUGGGCCUACCUAGUCAAAGUGCAUAGAAUCACAUGGACACGACAUGUCGCUAUUCUGGUACUUUUGAUGAAAAUAAGUUCAUGGUUAUUGGAAUGAACUCUCCUGCUCCAAUCCUGCCCUUUGUGGGGAACUUUUCAUCUCAAAUUCUGUCAAAUGUCGCUGUUAGGGGGCAGCUGGUCUUGUCUGGGAAAUGAAAGCAUCCAAACCCUCUUCUUAGUACAGUAACCGCAUCCCGUGUUUGCUCUAUUGUAUUUGAAGGAAAAAUUAUCCUAACUGGCCACCUGGCUGCUCGAGCCGAAUGUCAAGACUUUGAAUCGUGUCCGAGUUUGACAUCUCCAUCUAAACCCCUCCCCAGACAUCUUCAUUUUCAAUAUAGCCAGAGCUGUGCUGCUCCAUCUCGAGGAAAGCACUUUUACUUGCAAACCUUCAUUUUGACAUUAUACACCGGUCGCUGGACAUACAGGUUUCAGCGUUACCUUACGUCGUUCCUCAGGGUUGUUGUUCAUGAAAGUGUGUUGAGUUUGUCAGAAGGUUGAAGUAACUAGACUGUGCCAUGGAGAUUACAGGAUUCUAUCGCUGGAUUAUUGCCCAUCUCCUACUUGUCCAGACAUUUUACCCUCCUGUGCUUUCAAAUAGGACCACGCCCCCACCAGGCACCCAAUACAUUGCAAUCGAUGCCCCCAUGAACAAUGAGACGGUCAUACCAGGAGAUUCGGUCACACUUAACUGCAGGAUACGAGGGUUCCCGAAGCCCACCUACUGGUGGUAUCGGAACGAUGCUAUAAUCAGGGACGAUAUUGGGAGGAAUGUCGUCAGGGAAUUCAAGGGCGGAUCAACGCUAACGAUUAAUAAUGUCGGUACGCUGGAUACGGGAUCCUACAAGUGCAUAGCUGCGAAUGAUAAUGGGACCAAGUCGGUCCAGGGAUCUAUCACCCUUAGUGCAAAUUCACCAACUUACAGCGAGAGCAGUGUCAGUGAUUACCUUGAUGAGGUCAGCGUUGAUGAACCCCAGUGCGAGCCUUACAGAGGCACCGUAUGCAGCCCCCACAUAGCCAAUAGCCAGGUCUACAUCCCCGCUGGACAAACCCAAUCAGAGAUAGAGGCCGCCCUGGGCUCCGCCAUCCAACAGAUCAACAACGACCUCCCCAUCACCCUCAACCAACGCUGCACCAAGUACCUCAAGCCGUCCAUGUGCCUCACAGCAUUCCCGCUGUGCAGAGAGCGCCCUCGCUUGGCCGUCCAUAGGAUGUGCUACGACGAGUGCCGCCUGCUGACCACCGAGAUCUGCUCAUCUUUGGUGGACUACGUGGAUGCGCAGCCCGAGCUGGGACUGGUCGACAUGUUGCCGAUCUGCACGGACUUGCCUCUGCCCAGUGCCAACACGGAGAACUCAUGCCUCAGGAUGGGCAUGUCAGAAACUGGAGUUGCUACAAUUACCCCGUUUGGAGUCCCGACAGCACGGUACUUCAUCAUCGUGGAAAGACCUAUGAACAACGAGACUGAACUCCACACCGGCGACAAGGCAACGCUUCGGUGUCGGAUCAUCGGCGAGCCGACGCCCCACUACAAGUGGUACAAGAAUGACGCGCUGUUGACUGAAGAGCGCAGAGAUCGGAGAAUAACGACCAAGGAGUAUGAAUGGGGUUCCAAACUCAGCAUUAAAAACGUGGAUACUACGGAUACGGGUUACUACAAGUGCGUUGCGGAGAACAGAGCCGGUGUGAGAUCCACCAUGGGUAUUCUCUUCGCUAGGAUUGCAAGUGAAACAACUCGGACUGUCGCUUCUAAUCCACAUCAGGGUUACUGUCAGCCUUACAGCGGAGUGGCAUGCUCCAAGUUCAUCAGCAACCACUCCAUCUACGUGACCGACUUCCAAGCCCAGAAGCUGAUCGACGAGCGUCUGACACCCUUCCUGCUGAUGACCCGCGACCUGAGCCCCGAGUGCCAGCAGUACGCCAUCCCGUCCCUCUGCUUCUUCGCCUUCCCGUUCUGCGACGAGACGCGGCAGGACCCGCGCGGGAGGGAGCUCUGCAGGGACGAGUGCGAGAUCCUGGAGCAGGAUAUCUGCAAGAAGGAGUACCAGAUCGCCAAGGAGAUGCCCAACGUCAUCCUGCCGGACUGCUCCAGGUUACCGGCCGUUGGAACCGAUGCAAGCGCUAGCUGCAUACGUGUGGGGUUGCCGGAUGUAGCUGCGAUCACGGAUCACACGUGUUACAAUGAUACCGGGGAGGAUUAUCGAGGGAGGAUCAACACGACCAAAUCAGGAUUUCCCUGUCAGGGCUGGGAUAAGCAAGAACCUCACGAGCAUGCCCUUUGGCCUUCGCACUACCGAGAGCUUGCUGGAGGACACAACUUCUGCCGUAACCCUGGCAACGGCCUCGACAAACCCUGGUGCUUCACCACCAAUCCUGAUGUCAGGGCCGACAAGUGUGACAUUCCGAGAUGCGAUGAGCUAACAGGAAGUGGCAUGGUCAGCAGACCCACGAUCCUCUACAUCAUUGUUCCUGCAGUAACGGUCAUCGUGGUCAUCCUCCUCAUCUGUGGCUGUGUGUGCUUCUGUUGGAGACAGACCAAGUCCCAGCGCUACGGGGGUGUGGCCAGCAGGACCAGGCCUAGCGAAAUGGUGGCCCUGCAGCAAAAACUUCAGGUGAAGGAGAUUCCAUUGUCUGCCAUCAAGUUUAUGGAGGCCCUCGGGGAUGGUACGUUCGGUAAGGUAUGGAGAGGUGAGCUGAUGGGCCUGAACAACCAGUACAGCUGUACAUCCAUAGUCAUCAAGACAUUGGACAAGGAUGCCAGCCCCGCCUUACAACAGGACUACCGGAACGAGACCAGCGUGAUGGCUUCCCUCAACCAUCCGAACAUCAUCACUCUCCUAGGUGUCUGCACCAAAGAGAAACCCAACUGCAUGCUCUUUGAGUUCCUACCUCAUGGUGAUCUACACGAGUUCCUGGUCCGCCACUCUCCUAAUUCAGACAUCGGUUUCGGAAGCGGGGACGACGACACGCAGUCCUCGCUGGAUGCUUCGGAUUUCUUGAACAUAGCCAUCCAGAUCGUGUCCGGCAUGGAUUACCUUUCAAGCAGGCAUUUUGUCCAUAGAGACCUUGCCGCCAGGAACUGUAUGGUGGGCGAGCACCAUCAGAUUAAGAUCACCGACUUUGGUCUGGCGAGGGAUAUCUAUUCGGGGGAUUACUACAGGAUGCCCUCUCAGGCGGUUCUUCCGAUCCGCUGGAUGUCGCCAGAAGCCAUCAUGUUCGGUCGUUUCACGGUGGAGAGCGAUAUCUGGUCCUUUGGAGUGGUUUUAUGGGAGAUUUACUCUUAUGGUCUUCAACCGUUUUACGGUUAUAACAAUCACGAGGUGAUAGAGAUGAUCCGGACACGUCACAUUCUGCCAUGCCCCAGCGGUUGCCCUCAGUACAUCUAUGCACUCAUGACGGAAUGCUGGAGCGAAAUACCCGCAAGGAGACCCCCAUUCAAGGUCAUCUCCACGCGCCUCCGAGCAUUAGACACUGUACCUAUGCACACGCAAAACGGUAACAUAUAUGGUAACCCUGCUGCGAACUUUAACCCCCAGUACAGCGGGCUGUACUCUCCGCAGACACACUGCAGCUCCGAGGGCAAGAAAAGUCACGGGUCAUCUGGGGGCAGCAGACACUCUCAACCCAAAAUGGGUCUCGUCGACAAAGCCAUGUCCGAGACCUCCAGCUCAUCGCAUCACACAAGGUCAACAGGACAUGGAAAAUCAGAAAAAGUGGAACAAACUGCUGUAUAAUAGCUAUUAAAUAUUGUCUCUUUUAUGAUAUAUGCACUUGUAUAAAGUCGUACUGGAAUAAACAGAAAAUUUGAAUUUAAGUAAUGCUUCGGCUUAGAAUGGGUCUCUGUAUUGCAAUGUGUUGAGGGUAUAGUUUUUGCUAGUAGAUUAUCAAAUAUGACUGUUUUUAAAGAGUUUAUUAAUGUGAAUGCACUAGUAAACAGUUAGGUAAUUUUAUAGAGCUGAUAUUUGCUUUCUUGUUCAUGUACUCACGCAAAGGCAAAACCAAAGAAUAUUAUCCUAUGCUUAAUAUGUAACUUUGCAACUCCGUCCUUCAUUUGUACUUGUUUUUAACCGAGUAUUCCCCAUUAUUAUUAUUCUUGAGCCAAUAGGUAAAAUAUGCACUGUAUACAAUGGUCUCACAUAUUCCUCAUAUAUCACUUUUAGAUUGAUAGACUUUAUUUAUCAACAUCAAGAGAAUUUCAUACAAUUACCCCAUCAAAAAAAAAAAAAAAAUUGCCUUGCUUUUCAGAGCUCUACUGAAUACCUCUUAAAUCUGCAACCACCCCAAAUGUUAUUAAUAUUAAGCCAAAACCAACUUCUGCAUUAAAAAAAAUGUUUAUAUUUUUAAUCCAAUGUUUUACAAAUCCAAAAAGUGUUGUACACUGUAUUUAUUGUAAAUCUGCUAUAGAGAUAAUAUUUUCUUCUCCUUGUGCAUCCUGAUGAUGCAAGUAUGAUAGAUUAACUUAUCAGCAUGAAAAUUUGUUUUUUAGAUACAUUUCUAAUUAUACUGCAGGAAAUAUAUUCAUAGAAUAGGCAUUAUGAUUGGUGCGGAAAAACUAACAGUAAACUUCGUAUUAAAACUCAAAAAACUUUUCAAAGUUUAUGGGGUUCCCAGUGUGGUUCGCAUUUGCCAAAAACCAAACUCAGUUUUACUCAUAUUUCUUUUACAAAGAACAGUAUGAAAGAUUUUGUUUGAAUUUGCCAAAUUGUAUAUACAUGUAUCUCAGUUUUUUUAAACCAAAUAUUGUUCUUACUCUCGUGGUUUAAUUCCAAUUUGCAAUGAUAUAAGAUUUAAUGCAGUACAUUGUAUUGAAAAAAACUGAUAUUGAGAUUAUUGUUUUCAGUUGAUAAAAUUGUUAUACAUUACUUUGAAGGAAGCAAAAGGGACGCUGUUGUCAAUGUACUACCAUAUAUCACAGUCUUGCUCAUAACCCCCAAUUGGUUGGUCUGCUGUAGAUGUUUCUGUUUCUGUUUGUGGUAACUCCCGUAGGAACUCGGCAGGACAGCAUUUUUUGCUGGUAAACGCCAAGCUGGCAUAUAACCAAGUACCUAUGAAACGUUUUACGUCUAGGUUAAUCAGUCAUAGUGGCUGACGUUAUAGACGACAGAUAUCACUCUCGGGCCUUUUUAUCAAAGUGGAGACAAUGGCAGAGUUGGGAUUCGAACUCACAACCUUGCGAUUAUGAGUCCAAUGCUCUAACCACUGGACCACACGACCCAUGUUUUCUACGCACAGGGAAAAAAGGUUGAUUCUCAGCUAUGCCAUAAUUUAUGAUUUAUCAAUAAUCAUGGAAACACUUCAAUGUAAACACAUUUCACUGAGAGAUUCAAGCUAUCAACAUCUUAAGAAUUUAACAUGGUUUUAUGUUAAUAUAAUCAUAAAGAGUGCAUUUUCAGAUCAUUUCGUACACCAAAUCUGCUUAGAAGGUUUAGUAUUCAAAAUGAUUCUGAAAGUUGAAUCAAAUUCUAGCAUAUGUAUUCACAUAGUUCAUAGUAAA